AUGCACGUCAUUCUUGGAAUCUUGAUGCUUUGCAGCAUCAGUGUCUCCGCCCAAUUCAUAACCGCUCCCACCCCGACACUUGCCAAUAUCCUGACCGAGCAUACCGAGUCUUCCGUCGGCGAGAUCCCCCUCCCCACCGUGCUCGCCGACGAAGCCGUCGUCGAAGCCAAGCAAACGCCGCACACUGAAUCCUCCGUCGGCGAGAUUCCUCUCCCCACGGUGGUGGCCGCCGAGAGAAACAUCGUUGAAGCCAACAUCGAGGCCAAACAAACUCCGCACACCGAGUCUUCUGUCGGCGAGCUCCCGCUUCCCACGGUUCUCGCCGACGAGGCCGAGCAGGGGGCCGUAGACGCCCACAUUGACGCUAAGCAGACGCCACACACGGAGCAUUCCGUGGGCGAGCUGCCGGUGCCGACGCUGAUCGGCCGGAAGCGUGCGCCGAAGGGUGAGCGGCGGGAGGCGUUCAGGGGGUAG